AUGAUAAAAUAAUAGUAGAAAUCAUAGAUAUAUGUUGGUAAAAAUAUUGAAAAUAUUAUAAAACAAAGUAUUAUUACCUUAUUUAAUUAAUUAGGGUGUUAAAGCAACUCCAUGAUGGCAAACCUUUUGAACUUGUUUUUCAUAAUAGUCCUAUCCACAAGUCAAAAAGAGUGGCAAAAUUAUUGA